AUGGCCAAGAUGUUCCUCUCAGAAAGAGACUCCAUCUCCAGGAAUAUAUUCAGAGAGGAACUAGCUAAACAUCAAGAGAUUCAAAAUCCGAGUUCCUAUGGUAAGGACCAAAGUGACAACAUCAAGAGCCUAGGCAUGGCAGAGAUACUGUUGCAACUAAGCCCAGACACAACACAGGGUACACAACAUCUCCCACCCUGGAAGAAGGACACUGCAACAUAUAAAUAUACAAGCCUACCAAGAGCAAAAGAAGACUGUGCAAGAGAAGAGCCAAGAGCCACAGCCUAUGAGUCAAUCAGGAACACUGAGAUCAUGAGGGCACAAACAUACUACACUGAUAGCAACGCAGAUCCCGAAAAUCAAACUACGGGAGCUGCAGUAUAUUCAAGCAAAUUCACAGCCUGCUGGAGGACCUCCAACCAUGCCUCCACUAUGCAGAAAGAACUAAUAGCAAUAAGACAGGCACUGCUAUACUCGCUAGAGAAUGAAGAAGGGCCUUUAAUUAUCCACACUGAUUCAAAAUCCUCUAUGCAGGCCUUGCAACAAUCAAAAAAUAAAGAAAACAAGGCAAUGCUGGCUGGAAUUAAAAUACUGCUGCAUCAGCACAGCGAAAGAGGAAGACCUGUCACCUUAAACUGGAUACCCAGUCACAUAGGAAUUCCAGGUAACGAGAGGGCCGAUGAACUAGCCAAAAGCACAAAGCACAUUGACAGAGUGCAAAUACAAAUACACCUGCACUGCAACAAAUCAAGAAUGCAAUGA